UUGUAACUGUGAAGACGCAUGAUAUCGGAGACAUUUUCGCGAUGUAACGUAAUGACAUUAAGAGUUGUCAUAGAGCAUGCACUGCGCUACCUCGAGCUACGUUUCCCCGUUCGUUAACAGCGGGUGCCGUUUAAUGGAGAAGCACACUGGUCUCCCUUUCAUAGAAAAACUUGCAUCAUGCCAUACCAGAGCUGCUUCCUUAGUUGCUUAUUAAUACUGCUACAGACAUCAAGCUCCCAGCAAGUAGAGCAAAGCCAGCUGCUACUGGUGUCCUUUGAUGGCUUCCGCUGGGACUAUGUGAACCGAGUACCCACGCCCAAUUUUCGUGCCCUGAUGGAUGAAGGUGUGCAGGUGGAGAAAGUGGAGAACACCUACAUCACCAAGACCUACCCGAACCACUACACCUUAGUGACAGGAUUACACGCCGAAACCCAUGGCAUCAUUGCUAACGAAAUGUACGACCCCAUUCACAACAAGUCGUUUUCCAUGGAGGGACCUUCAGUGUACGAUGCAUGGUGGUGGGAGGAGGCCGUGCCGUUGUGGGUGACCAAUCAAAAGGCUGGCUGGAAGAGCGGAGCUGCCAUGUGGCCUGGAUCAGAUGUAGCAAUUGGUGGAACGUACCCAACACAUUACUUGAGUUAUAACGCGUCAACACCCUUUGAGACCAGAGUCGAGAAACUCAUCGACUGGUUCUCAGGGCCGAAGGCCAUCAAUUUUGGUGUCUUAUAUUGGGAGGAGCCAGACGAGAGCGGGCAUAACUUGGGGCCGGAGAGUUCACAAAUGGAUGCAGUCAUAGCAGACAUCGAUGAUAAGUUGGGAUUCCUCAGGGACAAGCUCAAAGCCGCUGACCUUUAUGAGAAAGUCAAUCUCAUUGUUACAAGUGAUCAUGGGAUGACUCAGUUAUCACAUGAUAAGAUUAUUGAGCUGGACACCUACGUCAGCCGAGAUCUUUACACAUGGAUAGACAAGAGUCCUGUAGUUGGUAUUUUGCCGAAAGAAGGCAAACUUGAAGAGGUCUACAGCUCGUUGAAGAACGCCAACCCUAACAUGGCUGUGUAUAAAAAGGAGGAGAUUCCAGAACAUUACCACUACAGACACAAUGCCAGGAUCAUGCCUCUGAUCAUAGAGGUCAAAGAGGGAUGGACGGUCAUGCAGAACAGAAAUGGAUCUCUUAUGUUGGGAAACCAUGGCUACAACAACAGCCUUCCCAGCAUGCAACCCGUGUUUGUCGCCCGCGGACCCGCUUUCCGCCGUGACUACACCAAGGCCUCCAUGAGCUCCGUCGACCUCUAUCCUCUCAUGUGCUGCAUUCUUGGUCUCAAGCCCUUGCCCAACAAUGGCUCUUUGUCAAGCGUGCAGGAUCUCUUAGUGGAGACGUCAACCCCAAAACCAGUGGUGCCGCUCAAGCCCAGAGAGACUUCCUACGCCUGGGCUGUGGGAUCCAUCUUCGGCACCUUACUCGUAAUCGGGUUUCUCUUUAUCUUUGUGCAGCAGGUGACAAAAAGGCAGCUACCGCCACUGCAUCUGUCCAAUAGUGAGAUAACACAACCCUUACUGUAGGCUCAAAGCUGCACGUUUCUCAUGUGAGCUUCUUAAAGUAUGCAGCACUGAAUUUUUCAUCCAGUGCCACGGAUCUCAUUUCAGCCUAAAAUAAUUCUGAUAAGCAGUCAGCAUGGUCGCUCGAAAUCCAAAGCGAUCAAUAUCCACGGUACCAUGCCAAAGCCAAAUAUACCAAAAGCAAUAUGGGGAACGAUGCUACAGUGGAAAAAGGUGGUGACACAAAAAUGAUACAAAUCAUAGCUGACCAAGCCAACAGUGCCCUCUUCUGGUGAAGCUGUCAGCGAUACC